UAUCUGUAUAUUUUGAGAUUAUUAAACAUUCGAGAUUUUUCGAACCUUGGAUGUUUUCAGUGUUUUUACACCACUCUUGAAACCUAUAACGUGUUUGAAAUGUCAGUACACACCUUUGAAGGGCUAAUAGUGCACCUUAUUUGCCACAUGUAACUUAGGAGAAAGUUCUAGUUUUUGGGUUAGCCACAUUUAUUUAACCUUCCUAUACCCGCUCCGACGGAACACUCAAGUAAUAUUAUUUUCCUGGAAUCGCUAGCGAAUCGAGAUUUCUGCUAGCUGCCUGAUUUGUUGCUGACUUUUCGCUUUAGUGUAGGUACACCGUGCGUUUGUGCAAGAUGCUUGUGUUGCUGUUAUUUAUACAGGUUCUGAUGGAUGAAAAUAUAAAACCGGGUUCCAAACAUUCGAUCUGUGACACCGCGCGCGGGUAUAGGAGGGUUAAACCCUAAAUAAAGUUAAAACCCUAUGAUAAAUGACUCUUUGUUUAAUAAUGAUAUCAGACAUGUUUCACAAAUCCUAGAUAUAUGAUUUCAGUGUAAUUUUAUGUAUAUAAGUGCAUAUCAACAGCUAUUAUAAUCGGUUGUCAAACAUUGUUGACAAACAGUACUUAUUAGGCUACCAUGUACAGUUACACUCAUUACUGCAAUCUGAGGAUUUUUUUCAUAAAGGCUAGUGACUCUUUGAUGCCAUUUCACUACAUGGAAUGUUGUACUAGAAGUUGUUUUGAAGAUAGAAGAAUUCCUGGGCUGGGUGUUGAAGGUCCAAACUCAUCUGGGAGGCAAGUCUAUUAUCAGUGGAUAUGUAUUGUUUUUGGUAUACAAGCAGUCCUCUUCUAUGUACCCAGAUUUUUGUGGAAAUCAUGGGAGGGUGGACGACUAAGACUGUUGGUUGAAGAUUUAAGUGGACCCCUGAUUUCAUCUAACUGGAAUAGUUCGACAAGAGACAAACUUGUGAGAUGCUUAUUAACUGGUGGAUAUUUUGAUAAGAUAUAUGCUAUUAGAUUCUGCUGCUGUGAAAUAUUGAAUUUUGUGAAUGUGGUCUCACAGAUCUACUUCAUGGACUGGUUCAUAACAGGUAACUUCAUCUCUUAUGGUGUACAGCACGCUUCAUACAGUACUGUCAAUCCAAUGAAUGUAGUCUUUCCAAAAAUAGCCAAGUGCACCUACCACAAAUAUGGUUAUUCUGGCUCAGAGGUAAACAUUGAUGCAUUGUGUGUUUUGCCGCUGAACGUCCUCAAUGAAAAGUUAUUCCUGGUGUUAUGGUAUUGGUUGUUUUUCCUCCUGAUAGCUUCGUUCUUUUCCAUAAUGUAUAGAGCUCUGUUUCUUUUUUCAAACAAGUUCAGGGUGUACCUGCUUAGAGCACAGACUCGAAAUUUAGAUCACAAAAAAGCUGAGAUAAUUGUCGAUAAUCUCUCAUAUGGGGACUUCUUUUUGAUGUAUAAGAUUGGUAAAAAUAUUAAUCCAAUCAUAUAUAGGGAAUUUGUAUUGGCUAUUUAUGACAGUAUUCCCCCCAAGCGAGGAUUUCACUCUGAUAUAGUUAUUUAAACAUACAAAAAUCUGAUCCAAUAUGACCCAUGUUGUGAGAUAUUUACAUAUAGUUAAUUCUAGUCCAUCUCCCAAACAAACACAUCAGACUGAAUAUACAUUUGUAUUGAACCAAUUGAGUUAUGUGAAGAGAAUUUAUUUGUUAAGUUCAAUUUGAUUCAACCAGAAAUGUUGUAUUAAGUUUCUUAUGUACGCACUGAUGAUUUUCUUAUACUUUUUUGUUAUAUUUCAAUGUAGACUCGUUUCAUCAUUCGUUGUACAGGGAGUCCCGUUGUAAAUUUACCUAACCUCUUAACUUCUUGUAUGACCAGUUAGAGAAGUGUCUUACAAAAGUUAUAUAUUUUUUUUUUCAUGCGAUGCCUUCUUGUCCCUUUUUAGUGCUUGCUAUAAUUAUUUUUAUUACUUUAGUCAAAACUUAAAUACUAUAGUCGAAUAUAAUAUAGAUGCAACAUAUGCAUAAACAUAUAAGCGAUACACAAAAUAUAUGUUUUUGAUGAAAGCAAUGAAAAUAACAAUUAUAAACCAGUUAUAUUUAAAAUCAGGAAAAAAUCGCCAAUCAUUUUCUCUUAAAAUAUACAUAUACGUACACAAAAAAUACAUUGCAAAAAAGUAUUAGAUCCUAUAACUUUUGUAUAAAACUUUUUUCUAAAUGUUCUUACAAAUAAGCUUACGAGGGAUGUCAAUAUUAUCAUUUCCUAACAGGAGACCCUGUACAUUCGUUAAACAUAGAACUAAUAGUUUUUGGUAUACAAAAUUGCUUUUCUUGCCAAAUUCUGGAUGGAAUGUCUAUAAUUCAUUUAAGGUAAAUGGAUGAGUUUAUCUGGAUGUGGAUAUCUAUUAUUUUGUUGAACCUUCAUACCAUGCAGGUUCAAAAUUGCGUUCAGGGCGUUAAUUAAGUACAUAAUAAUGUUUUAAUUUUAACUUAUGUACAACAUCUACAAGUUUUAAGUAAUUUUUUGUUUGUGUAUUUUGUAAUAUAUUUAUAUGUAGUUUUUAAGAGUUUUUCAGUAUUAAGUUGUUACUGAGCAUUGAUCUUGAGUUAACUGUUUUGUAUUUGUAAGCAAAUAUGUUCUGAAGUCCUUUAUAUAUUUUGUAUCAAUAUAAAUAUUUU